UAUUUCCUGUCUUUUUUUAUUUAUGUCAAAUGAAGCAACGCAUCACAAAUUAAGUUAUUCAUCCGUUUUUGUACAAAAAUCAUUAUACACGAUUUAAGGAAAGAUCGAAAUGAGCGACGAUGACCGUGAUAAUGACAUUGAAAGCGAUGCUGACAAACGAGCUCACCACAAUGCAUUGGAAAGAAAAAGGAGAGAUCAUAUUAAAGAUAGCUUCAGCAGUUUGAGAGAUUCCUUACCUGCAUUUCAAGGCGAUAAAGCUUCCAGAGCUCAAAUUUUGAAGAAGGCGGCUGAUUACAUUCAGUCCAUGCGGCGAAAAAAUUCUGCUCAUCAGCAAGAUAUUGAUGAUUUAAGAAGGCAAAAUAAGAUCCUUGAAGAACAAAUUCGCACAUUAGAAAAAGCCAAAGCAACUGGUAAUUUUGCAGCUGCAGCAGCUGUGAUAGAAGCCAACCUCGCCAAUAGCAAGGCAGGCGCCAUUUCCACUUUUGAAGCCGAUUCCGAGUCCGACGACAGCUCCGAUACGGAUGAAUCGAAGGACGGCAGGCGUAAACGGCUCAAAACCGCCCUCGACUCCCAACUACGUUGAUGUUUUCUGAACCCCCCAGAGCAUGCAUUUCUCGAAAAACACGUCCGACUUUUAGCUGAUUGUUGCAGUCAGGUGUACAUACUUCAAUUUUAAAUAAGUGGAAUUUCUAAGGAUCUCAGUUCAUGUGAUAGUCAUUUUAUCGUUUGACUGGUUUACUUUGUAAAGCAGUUUAUGUGUAUUAUGUAUGUAGUCUUCAAGCUGUCAAUAGGUGCUUAAUAAUCAAGUGCAUGAUGUGUCUGAUAUGUUCCACUGAUGUAGAAAUGAUCAUCCAUUUUCUCUCAUGUAUAUCUCUAUGUGUCAUAGUUUUGUGACAUUCAUUUAAACUUCUCCAUCGUUCAAUUUUGUGGCAUUAUGA